AUGAAUGGAUAUUUAUCAACAAGUCGUCGCCGACCACAAACACACGAUAUUGCAACAAAGUUAGUUAAGCGAACUGACGUAGUUUCUGUUCUAUUUCAAAUCGAAGUUCAUAUUAAAAAAAUUGGAAAUAGUGUUAAUUUUGCUGAUAUUACUCAAUUUAGUGAAUAUCCAAAUGGCAAAGAGGUUUUAUUUGAUUUAAAUACUUGUUUUAAAAUAGAAUCUAUUGAACAGGAUGGAUCAAUUGAAUUGAUUAGAAUGAAAUUAUCGAAUCCAGGGGAAAUGAUAACCAAAGAUUAUAUUGAACUAACAUUAAGGAAAACAGAAGAAAAAAGUGUUGCGAUUGUAUUUGGAAGAUUAAUGUGUAAUUUAGGUCAAUAUGAUAAAUCGCAACACUAUUUUGAACAACUACGGAAGGAUCCAAAUGGUGAAAAUCUUGCUUGGAUUGAAUUUAAUAUUGGUAGAGUGCUAUGUUAUAAAGGUGAAUGGAAAGAAGCAAGAGACCAUUUCGAUUGUGCAUACGAUCGAAUGGUGGCAAAUAAACCGGUACGAGUCAAAGACUCGACUCGUGUUCUUGACAAAAUUGGUCUUAUUCUUGAGAAUCAAGGAAAGUAUGAUGAAGCUCUCGGGUAUUAUAAGCAAGCACUAGAUAUAAAAGAGAAAUGUUAUCUACCUGGUUCUGUCAGUAUCGCAGCAAGUUUCAAUCACAUAGGCAACAUCCUUUCUUCACAAAAAAAGUAUAAUGAGGCUCUUGAUUUUUAUAAGCGAGCGUUGGACAUUGAAGGAAAAUGUUUUUCAUCUGGUCAUGUCAACAUUGCUGCGAAUCAUAACAAAAUUGGUAUUAUUCUACGAGGACAAGGAAGAUACGAUGAAGCUCUUAAAUAUUAUCAACGAGCACUUGAAAUGCAAGAGGAACAUUACCCGUCAGGGCACGCAGACAUUGCACAUAGCCUUAGUAACAUUGGUCAUAUUCUGUUCGAUCAAGCAAAAUAUGAUGAAGCUCUCGAUUACUAUCAACGAGCACUAAAAAUGAGAGAGAAAUAUUAUCCAUCUUGUGAUAUCGCUAUUGUUCAAAGUCUAAACAAUAUUGGUGGUCUUCUAUUCGAACAUGAAAAGUACGAUGAAGCUCUCGAUUAUUAUAAACGAUUGCUGAAAAUUCAAGAGGACUACUAUUCAUCUGAUGAGUUGGACAUUGCGCAAAGUUUCAAUAAACUCGGUAAGAUUCUCUAUCAUCAACAAAGAUAUGAUACCGCUCUGCAUUACCACCAGCGUGCAUUGAAAAUACAGGUGAAACAUUAUUCAUCGGAUUAUGUAGAUAUUGCUACAAGUCUCAACAACAUUGGUCUUAUUCUUGAAAAACAAGUAAAAUACGAUGAAGCUCUCGACUACUAUCAGCGAUCACUGAAAAUACAAGAGGAGAGUUAUCCGUUUGGCCAUGUGUAUGUUGCUCGAAACCUAACCAGUAUUGGUGAUAUUCUUUACCAUCAAAGAAAUUAUGACGAUGCUCUCGACUACUAUCAACGAUCAUUGAAAAUGCAAGAGGAAUAUUAUCGAUCUGGUCAUGUUGAAAUCGCAAAAAGCCUCUAUAGUAUUGGCACUAUUUUUUAUGAUCAAGAAAAUUAUGAUGAAGCUCUUGAUUAUUUUCAACGAGCAUUGAAAAUGAGAGAGAAAUAUUGUUCAUCCGAUCAUGUAAAUAUAGGUGAAUCUUUGAAUAUUAUUGGAAUUUGUUAUGAAAAGCAAAACAAGACAAAAAUAGCUCUGGAUUACUAUCAUCGGCCAAUGACUAUUUUCAUGAAAUUUCUUCCUCCAGAUCACCCAAGUCGUAUUAGGAUCGAGGAGAGAAUCCAUCGACUUACUAAAAAGAAAUGA